AUGAGCAGUGAUAACACAAGCAACGGACACGCGGAUGCCGAACCUCGAUCCAAUGUCUUUGAACAAGCGUUACAAACAUGGGUAGAGAUUGACUUGCCAUCGCUUCAAAAGAAGUUGGACGAACAAGGAGUAGAGAUCAAGGAGUAUCAAAAAGAGUCUCUACUAAGCAGGAAGAACUUGGCUUCGAAGACAAAAGAGUUUCGCAAACUAGAUGAUUCAAAGAAACUUGAACAGAUCAAAUCAUUGUUGAAACUUUACCAAAAUGAAAUUGAUAGUCUUACGAAUAAGAACAAGAAUGUUGAAAACUAUUUUUUUGGCAUUUAUAGAUUGAUGGCUGAGGCACCUGACCCGCGGCCCUUGAUGGAAUUAUCUCUUGAUUCGGUUGUUGAAAGUAAAGAAGCAAUGGCAUUAAAAGAAAGUCUUACCAAAGCUGAAGAAGAAUUGGCAAAGAGAGCAGAUUAUGAGCAACUAAAGCAACGUCUUUUGCUGAAUGAACAAAAAGCUGCAGAGUUAUUGAGCAUUAAAGUCAAGGCAAAGGAGAAUGAAUGUAAAUCCUUAUUUGAAGAAAAGGAGGCCAAUUGGAUAGAUAAAGAAAAACAAUUUGAGGAGCAGCUUCGCACAGCACAAAAGCAGAUUGAAGAGUUGAGAACCUCUAAUGAAGUGACGGAGAGACGUCUUGAUAAUCAAAGUAAAGGUCAUGACAACACUAACUACGAAACAGCCUCGGCAUCUGUAUUAGCAGAGUUGGAUAUGGUUCGAAGGGAUGCCGAGCUGUCCAAGAGGAGAAUCUAUGAAUUGGAAAAGAGAAACGAAACAUUGAGGCAUGAGAUUGCGCAAACAAAGAAUGAUAAUGAGAUACAAGUUGUGCGGAGUGAAUGUGAUCAAAAAGUCAGUGAGGUUGAGAGUGAAAAUAUGUUAUUGGUAGCAAAUUUGAACCAAAUACGGAACCAAAAGGAACAAAUCUCGUCGCAAUUGAAUUCCAAGAUUGAUUCAUUGAGUAGAGAAAAUAGUGUUAUUGCACAAGAAGUUAAGAACUUGAAAACAAAACUUGAAAAGACCUCGGAUUACGAGGAAAUCAAACAUGAGCUACAUAUACUUCGACAAAUCGAGUUUGGGCAUGGUGAGGAUAACGAAGAUAAUGAGGAUGGCGAAGUUGACAAAGUUGGUGAGAAUGACACAAUAAAGCAUCAUGCAAAAUUAGAUUCCAUAGUGAUUGAAAGGAAUAGAGCCAUGACUCAAGAAUUAGCACGGUUUAGAGCCGAACACAAUGAUUUGACUAAUGCCGUCGAUGAGUUGAAUAUAAAAUUGCAACGCUCGGAAGAGGAGAUCCAAUCAUUGAGACAAUUGAAUGAGAAGUUGGAAAAUGAUCUUGCUAAUGUCCAAGAGUCUGGUUCACAUGGUUGGGGGUUCAAUGAUAGUGGUAGUAUGAUCUCGGGGUUUACUAGCCGGAUGGGUGGUAGGUCAAGUGGUGGACGCAAUGGAAGUAUAGUGUCAUUACAAUCGAGUGAUAGGGGAACAAAUAAUGGACCCAAUGAUGAUGCAUCAUCGAUUCUUCCCAUAAUCACCAAGCAGAGAGACCGGUUCAGAGAAAAAAACACCGAGCUUGAAGAAGAACUUCGCAAGCAGUUUAAUGCCAAUAACGAUAUGAAGAGACAAAUCAACAAGUUACGACAGGACAAUGAGGAAUUGUAUGAACGAGGUAGGUAUUUACAAUCUUUCCAAACACCGGGUACGAGAAAUAUUACCACAACAUCAAGUGGUAGGAAAUUUCUUAAUCCAAAGCCCAAUGCAAAUGCUGAUUUGGAAAGCAAUAAUGAUAUACAAUACCAAAAAGAGUAUGAACGGAAAUUGCAUCCUAUUGAGCAGUUUAGAAUAAAGGAGCAGGAGCGAAUCAAUUCUAGGUUAUCGCCGUUGGAGAGGUUUUUCAUUUUUAUAACGCGGGCAGUAUUGGCCACUAGGUCGACGAGGAUGGUUUUCUUUGCCUAUUGUUUGUGUUUGCACAUUAUAGUAUUAUGGAUUAUGAUAUAUGCAAUGAACUUGCGUGCUCCUGCUAUCCCCGAUAGUAUAAGUGGAACCGGGGCAAAUGUUGCUCGUGCAGGUACUGGCGCAGGUAUUGGUGCAGGUAUUGGUGCAGGUACUGGAGGCGGAGGCAUAGUAAAUACUCCCAAGGACACCCAUUUUUAG